CUCGAAAACAAGUGGACGGCUCGCCUCGCCGCUUGCUAGCUUGUGCUAUUUGGUAGCAACGAGCUAGGCUAGUUAGCGUGUGACAAUCGCAUGUUGUCAAACGUCGACGUUAGGGUUCGGACGUCAUUAUGUGCGCGUGGGGGUGACGACGAUGAUGAUGACGAUCACGGCGUUUCCGCUAGUUAUGACUGCUAGCCGCUGAGCUCGGCGCUAACUCGCUCGAUCGAAGGAAGCCGACACAUGGCGGCAGGCCGGCUGACCGGCAACCUCGCGUCACCUCGCCGCCUGCGCUCGGCUCGAGUCGCCGCAGUCCUCCGGGCGGAGGCUGCCCGGCGAGCGGGGAUGCAGAGCGCCGUCGAACCGCCGUGUGUCCCCGGUUGCCAAAUGAUUAUUCAAGGAAAUCUUGACAUUCACAUCUGACAUGCUUUGUUCCUAUUUGCAAUGUUUGAAAUCUGAUUAGGGCAGAACGGUGUACAGGUGGUUGGCACUUCUGACUCAUAGUGCUGAAGUUUGGGGUUCGAAUUUGGGCUACGGUCCUCCUGUGUGGAGUUUGUCUUCCUCCCACAUCCUAAACACACGUUAGAUUCAUUGCAGCCUAAAUUGUCCACAGUUGUGAAAGCUUAUUUGCCUUUACAGUAUGCGCCCUCCCAUUGACUGGCGACCAGUCCAGGGUGUGCCCCCGCCUCUCGCCCAAAGUCAGAUGGCAUAGAAUCCAGCUCACCCUAAUGUGGACUAACAAGCGCUAUCGAUAACAAAUAGAUGAAUUGUGAAUUUGCAUAACUUCAGUACUCGUGGUUGUGUCAUUUGGGAUGUUUGUAGAUCCACUUUGAGGGUUGUGCUGUGGUCAGAUGGUGCUCCCGGGCGCCGCUUAGUCGGUCCACAUGUUGGAGGAGCAGCACCAUCGCCCUGGCGGCGAGGAGGGCGACGCGGACGCGGCCGACGGCGACACCGAGCCCAGCAUGCUGCUGCAGAAGCUCAAGACCAACAUCUCGAAGAGUGUUCAGACCAAAGUGGACCAGAUCCUGCAAGAUGUUCAACGCUUCUCCGACAACGACAAGCUGUACCUGUACCUCCAGCUGCCCUCGGGCCUCGGGGCCGGCGACAAAAGUGGCGGAGGCGACAGUUUGUUCAACACGUCGGAACAGCUUCACACGUGCAAUUGGAUCCGGAGUCACUUGGAGGAGCACUCGGACACGUGUCUGCCCAAGCAGGAUGUCUACGAAACCUACAAGCGCUACUGUGAGAACCUGGAGCAUCGUCCGCUGAGCGCCGCCAACUUUGGGAAAAUCAUCCGAGACAUUUUCCCCAACAUUAAAGCCCGACGGCUCGGAGGCAGAGGACAGUCCAAGUACUGCUACAGCGGAAUCCGGAGGAAGACCGUCCUCAACAUCCCGCUGCUGCCCAACCUCGACCUCAAGAACGACCCCGCGGAGUUGACGGAGUUGGUGCAAACGUACAAGCAGGAAGUGACGGAGGCGGCGUGCAAGCUGAUCUGCGAUUGGGCGCAAAAGAUCCUGAAGCAUUCGUUCGACACGGUGGUGGAGAUCGCUCGCUACCUGAUCCAGGAACACAUCGUCAACCCCCGAUGCAGCCAAGCCGAGGUGCUGGCGUCGGCGGCACUAGCAGGAGGUCCCGCCAAGCCACACAAGGUCAUCAAGAAAACCCCGCUGGCAUCCAAAUGCGAGGGCGACACCCCCACAGACCUCAAGAGGGACUGCGGAGACUCGGCCUCCACGACCACUUUGAAGAUGUCCGCCGCGGACAAGAACAUGCCCUCCACCAAAUCGCUGUCGCUGGAGGCUCCGCCCUCUCCCGCUGUCACCUCUCUGCGGCCUGCGGUGGAGGCGUACAUGAAGCAGCUUCCCAGAAUCCUCCCUCGCAGCUCCCUCCCGGAAAAGACGCCGCUGUCGGUGCGCUCGUCGCCGCCUUCCCUGGCGCCCAAAGACGCUUCCGGUGCGGGCCCGGCCUCUGGGACCGGCGGACCGGCAGCGAGCGGCGGCGGCGUGAAGGUGAUCGCCAUGGCGACGCUGCCCCAGCAGCAGGGCGGGCCGCUACCCCUCAUGAUCGUCCCACAGGGGUGUUUGUCCUACGAACGGGAGAAAGUGACGCCGCCGGCGUCGGUUCUCCAGAAAGUUCGAGAGGGCGCCGGCAAACGCCCCCUAGAGGCCACGGUGGGCACUUUGUCGGGCGGUAUGGCGACUCCUCCGGUCAAACGAAAACGCGGAAGACCGAGGAAACCUCGCCCGGAGGACUCGUUGCCUCCGCCCGCCCCGCCCACUCAGGCGCCGCCCCACGGCCCCAUCAUCACCUCGGUGACGGGUGGCGUCAUCCAGAAGGCGUCUUCGUCUGCCUCACAGUCGGUGCUGGAGCUGGUGAUCCAGGAGCCGCCGGGCCUGCUUCUGAGCGCUCUCCCCACGGCGCCGGACGCCGCCCAGCGCGGCCAGCCAGGCAGCGGCGGCGUGGUAGUGCAGUGCCAGCCGGGCGUUGGCGGCCUUCCCGAGCCCGACCGCCACGCCCGCCCGCUGCUGCUCUUCCAGAGUGCCGGGAACGCCGGGUGGGAGCUGGCGCCGUCGGGUCGCACGCCCAUGGUGGAGGUCAUCCAGAAGGCGCCCAGACCCAACAACAACAAAAACAACAACAAUCCUCCUCUUGCAGCUCCCAGAAUUCAACGCGAGUCCGGCGAAGUGGAAAUCACGCUGAUGCCGAUGGACGUCAACCCACCACCUUCUUCCUCUUCUUCUUCUUCUUCUGAGGUCAGAAAGGAGGAGGAGCCAGCGGACAGCCCCUAAAGGCCGCCUCCCCUUUUACCUCAAAAGCCCCGCCCCCUCAUCCUUCUCAUGGGUGGAAAUCCCAGAUUGGCGACAUCAGCCACCAGUCAGGAGGAUGAAUGACGCCUAACCAUGAACCUGAGCUCCCAUUGCACUAAACGCUGUAUACUGUGGCUCCGUCCGUCCGUCCGUUCGUUCGUAGCCCCCCCCCCCACUGCCCCUCCGGACCACCCACGGGCCCAAACAGGAAGUAGUAUUCAGUCCGGAGGGCACCAACAAGAAGCUGACUUACUACGGGUCAGAACCCGCUUGGGGUUCUUUGCGCUGACCUCUCCUCAUUCGUGUGCUUUUUUUGCUCCUCCUACUGUUCUGCUCCGCACACCUGCGUCUGUGCGUGUGUGUGCAUGUGUCGGUUUGUGUGUGCGUUUGUGUUUUAGUGUGUUUGGGUGUGUCUACGUGUGAGCACCUAUGUACACGUGUGUGUGAGGUUUAUUCAUACACGUGUGUUUAUGUGAGUGCGCGUCCUGACGCUCUUGUCAUUCAAAGGGAUUGGUCACUUGACCCACUGACGUCCCGUCUCAUUGGUCUCUAAUCGCCGGCAUCUGGCUGAAGCGAUGACAUCAUCAGCGGGCGUGUCCUCCACGAUGGCGUCAUCGUCCAGAACGACGAGCACAACGUUGGGCAAAUGUUCACAUGCAGUAAAAUAUGUUGUUAGCGUGUUCACUCACGUUUGUUUGCACUAACGGCACAGCAGUAACGUUAUGACGGGAGGUGGUGUCACGUUUCCCCGGAAACGGUGGGGAUGUGUCACACAGGAAGUGGACGUGUUCGGGUUCUUCAGUGUUUGUAGGAAGACGAGCUUGUAAAAGUAGGAAGAAAUUUCCAGACAGCAAAGAUCGGGACUCGGGUAACGCGUGCGCGUGUCUUCGGGACUUUGGAAGUUUCUGAAUUGAUCACGCACACGCGGUUUGCACUUUGACACAGGAAGUAGAAGCAGGAGGCAGGAAGUGAUGUCACGUGUGUUUGUGUGAUGUCAACUUUUCACUGUUGUAGUUAUUGUUUUUGUGUGUGUGACGCCAUCCUGAUGCGAGGCUGAGGCAUUGUGGGUAACGUAGUCCCGUGAGCACCUGCGAGAAUCAGUUUUCUCGCUCGUUCUUUUGUGUGUUUCUCUGACAACCUGUCCCGCAUGGUUUUCCUGUGUUUUUUUUUUUUAAAAUGUUUUGUAUUUGUGUUGUGUCUUGUUUGCACUUUAUACUUCUUAUUCUUGAUUCGCAACGUGUUCUUCAAAUGUCUCGUUGACGGUUGUCGAUCCAACUGUUAAAAAAAAAAAAGAAAGCAAAAAGCCAAUAAUCAGUGAAAUGCA